AUGUUUGAUGAUGAAUAUAAUAAAUACGUAACUAGCUUAAUAGGUAAAGAACAAAUAAAAGUUGCUCAUAUUUUAGUUAAAUCUGAAAAAGAAGCUAAUGAUUUAAAAAAUAAAUUAAACAAAGGUGCAGAUUUUGCUAAACUUGCAGGAGAACCUUCUCUUGAUAAAGCUUCUGUUACAAAUGGUGGCGUAAUCGGUUUCAUUUUAUUAAAUCAACCAGGGCAGUUAGUACCUGAGUUUGAAAAUAAAGCUUUGGCUUUAAAAGUAAACGAAGUUUCAAUACCAGUGAAAACUGACUAUGGUUGGCAUAUCAUUAAGGUUCUUGAGAAAAAACCUGUACCUAUCCCAACUAAAGAAGAAGCUAAAAUGACUAUCGAUAAUGUAUUAGCAGCAGAAAUACUAAAAAAAUAUAUUAGCGAUUUAGAAGCUAAAGCUGAUUUAAAAAUUAUGUUACCUCCAGCUGCAAAUAACGAAGCCAAAAAGUAA